AUGGGGCUCUUACUGGGCCUGCUGGUCCUGGGCGACCUAACAGUUGUCACCUAUGGCCAUCCCAUCCUGGAAGCACCCGAGAGUGUGAGAGGGCCUUGGAAAGGAGAUGUGAAUAUUCCCUGCACCUAUGGCCCUCUGCAAGGCUACACCCAAGUCUUGGUAAAGUGGUUGGUACAACGUGGCUCAGACCCAGUCACCAUCUUCCUACGUGACUCUUCUGGAGACCAUAUCCAGCAAGCAAAGUACUGGGGCCGCCUGUAUGUGAACCAUGAGGUUCUAGGAGAUGUUUCCCUCCAACUGAAUACUCUGGAGAUGGAUGACCGGAGCCACUACACUUGUGAAGUCACUUGGCAGACCCCUGAUGGCAACCAAGUGGUGAGAGAUAAGAUCAUUGAACUCCGUGUCCAGAAACUCUCUGUUUCCAAGCCCACAGUGACGACUGGCAAUGGCUAUGGCUUCACAGUGCCCCAGGGAAUGAGGAUUAGCCUUCAGUGUGAGGCUUGGGGUUCUCCUCCCAUCAGAUAUGUUUGGUACAAGAAACAGACUAACAACCAAGAACACAUUCGAUUAGCAAACUUGAGUACUUUACUCUUCAAACCUGCUGUGAUGGCUGACUCGGGCUACUAUUUUUGUACUGCCAAGGGACGGGUAGGCUCUGAACAGCACAGCGACAUUGUGAAGUUUGUGGUCAAAGACUCCUCAAAGUCACUUGAAACCAAGACUGAGGCACUUACAACCAUGAAAUUCCACUUGGAAGCAACAUCCACAGUGAAUUCAUCCUGGAGCUGGACCACUGAAGUAAAUGGUUAUCUUAGGGAGACCAAUGCUGCACCAAGAAAGGGCCUGCCUAUCUUUGUCAUCAUUCUCAUCAUCUCUCUGUGCUGUAUGGUGGUCUUCACUAUGGCUUAUAUCAUGCUCUGCCGGAAGACAUCUCAACAGGAGCACGUCUAUGAAGUGGCCAGGGUGCAUGCCAGGGAAGCCAGCAACUCUGGUGAAACUUUGAGGGCAGACAUCUUCACAAGUGGCUGCUCCAGUGAAGAGUCAGAUUCCCAGACUCCGGGCAACAGCUACUCUGAUGAACCCUGCCUGGGACAGGAGUACCAGAUCAUCGCCCAGAUAAAUGGUGACUACUCUCACCUGCUGCACACAGUUCCUCCAGAUUAUGAACUUCUGACAACCAAGAGCAAGAGUGUGUGUUAA